GAUUCCAUUUUUCUGAUUUCACAAAUUCUCCUGUUAACUAAAACAGAGUAUAAACAGCAUGAUUCAUUAUCAAUAUCAGUUAUCUUAAAGUCACUCACUUGUGAAGCAGUGUUUUGGCGGAGUGCCAUAUUAGAAGACGUUUAGUCUGAACACAGAUAAUAAUUCAUUAACACUGUAGUUCAACAAUUUUUCAAGUUUUAUUCAUACACAUAUAAUUACGUCACAAUGGACAAUGAACAGUUUGACCCUGGUAACAAUGAGUUUGAGAUUCUUCCAGAGCUAGGAAUGUAAUUUUCAAAUGACGAUUUUAAAUCCAAAUGAUCAACUCUUUUGGGACAAUGAGAGUCUCACUGACACACAACUUCUAGGUCUACACCACUUUGAAGCUACCAGCAACAGUCAUUUUCUUCGCACGCACGAGCCUGCCGCUGGAGAGACAGAAAGGAACUCAACGCUCAUUGAUUCAGGACGGAGCAGUAUGGUCACUCCAGCGACCACAUGGGAAAGUCCCCAAGAAUUUCAAAGAUUUGAUAACACCGAGUUCUUCGUGGUGCAGCAUGACACGAAUCCUGGUUCAAGUUCUGUUGCUCAAAUUAUCCCCAACGCUGGAAAAAGAGCUAGCCCAGCAAGCUUGAGUUUGAAAAGGUCAUCGAUGGAAAGCCAACAGAACGAAAAGAAGCGAUGGAAGGUCAAUGACGGGGUCACGAGUCACGAGGAUCAGCCCAGAGUUGUUGUCGCUGAAAGCAAAAAGCAAGAGGCAGCCUCAAAGUUUCCUACAGCUGACAAAAUUCCCAGCUAUGCAUCCCGUUUAGCACCAUUGAGAAUCACUCCGCCAAAUGAGAGUAGGACUGAUGGCACUAACUAUUUCGGCGGAGGUGGACACAAAGCAGCCAAUGGGGUAUUUCCGAGUUUGCUAGGUAGAUCUCAGCCUGUUGACCAACAGCAGGUUCAAGUGAAAUAUUCACUCGCUAGUCUUCAAGAGAACAUUGAUCUCUCUAACAUUAUGCCAUUGAGUCAGAUCCUCCUGCCAUUGAGUCAGAAGAUGGAUUCUGUCAACAGAUAUGCACCUGAAGUAAACAACAACACUGAAGUGCCUUCGAGUCAGGACAUGAGAUGGAAGUGUAGCGCUCAGACGAGUAAAUCUUUGCAGGAUGUCGUCUCUAAAAGAUACACUGACAAUAAGCUCAGCCAAGAGUGCUCCACGCCGAUACAGAUCCCUGGCAGGACUGGGGAUGGCAAUGGUGCAGUCACUACAGAGAGGUCGGCGGAAGAGGAAAGAAAAAAGAGACAACAAGAAAAGAAUCGUCAGUAUGCCAAGGAGAGUAGAGACAGAAAAAACGAGAAGCUGAGAACUCUAGAGCAGAAAACCAAAGAGCAGGACGCCCAGAUUGAGAUUAUGAAGAAAGUUGUGACGCAUUAUUACGUGAGGCUCCAUAAGACAGAACCACAGUGGAUAGAAGACCUCAGGGAAUGGGUCUCCAAUCAAGGGGGUAACUCUCAAACCCGUCUCAACGUGAGGACCCUACUUCCAAAUGAUGCAGAUAUGUUGAAAGAACUUGGGAACAGUCCAUAUGGUUCAGUUCUUAGCCCUACAAAGUUAAAGUCCCCACCUGGAGAUGUGGUAGAUGUCAGCAGUGGCUCGCCCUCACCAGCUUCCAGGGCACAAGGGGACAGCAUCCAAGACGCCAUGCUAAGUCCGGUGAUCGGUCAAGCUGUGAGAUUGCCGGUGAAGAGCCUCUUCAAGUCCAACUCGGAUAUUGGCAUUGCGUGCGAAGCUGAGAGCAACGUGGACAUGGUCCAGGACAUGAACGCCGCCCACAGACACGAGGCGCCCUUUUCCGUUGGCCUCUUCAGUGGACACAGGACCGACGUCAAAAUCCUCAAACCAGAGAACCAGCUUGAGAAAAAAUUCCUGAGCCCUUGGUCAACGUCCUUCCCGGACCAGAGGUCCAACGUGGCUGCAGUCGAAGAAGUGGGCACAGUCAUGGAGGAUGACGGCGUGCUGAAUGAGAUUACAAUCCCCUGCUACAGCCAGGAGGCAUUCAUGGAAAGUGUGAACCUCUCGUCUUUUGACUUCUUACAACUUACUGCGGAAUUGGCUCAAACUGACCAGCAAGAACAUUUUAAAAUAUGACAUACGUUUUCCCCAGAGACCAGAGGCGGAAAAUAAAGAGAUUUUCCUCCGUUGAAAGGGCGACUGCCUUUGUGAAAACAAACUAGAAGUAAGUCAAACCACCUCUCCCCCCAUUAGGUGAAAGUUCGGUCCCAACUUUGUGUUCGAGAUCCUGGGUCGGUCCAAAGCUUUUAAAGAGAGAAAUAUUUUGAGUCAAAUAUUUGACAUUCCCGUACCGCCUUCUCCUGGUCAGUACACCCUGGUAAUAGAUUCCAUGAUGUAGAUCCAUGACAAAGCCUUGACCUCAAGCGUUGACAGCAUAAUCCGGUUCGAUAUUUUGCUUAUGUAAUGAUCUUCGAAGCACCAGGCUUAGUUCUGGUUCAUGUCUCUUGUAAGUCUGGGGACACAACUCUUAUCUAGACUCUAUAGAGUAGUCUAGAGUCUAUCGCUUUAAGAAGCGUUCUUUUUUUUUCUCUUUCCUUUGAUAUUAAUUGUCGAGUUCUUUGCAUCUUAGGAGUCCUUGGUCUUUUACCUCUUUUUACUUUUUUUUUGGGGGGGAGGGGGGGGCUUAUUUUCUUUAUUAAUUUUUUUUUUUACAUUUUACAAUACGUACUUAUAAUGAAAUGAAUUAAAUAACACUAUAAAGCAUGACUAAUUUAUACAUAAAAAGCAAUAUUUAGAAAAUUCUUAAAGAUAACUUGAACUAGUUUAAUCUUGCUCCGUCAUGUGAAGGCUGGUCUCUGUUCUUGAUUGAUGAUUUACUGAAAAUCUUGGGUUACAAUUCUAAAAUGAUUAAUAGUUUAAGGUUGUUGGUUUUUUCACUUUAGUUAAUAAUGUUUAUUGUUGAAAUUGAAGAACAUAUACUAUCAAAGUAAUUAUUGCGGGUUUUAAACUAAUUGUGGUAAUCUUUUUAAAUUCUUUUCUUGGUACUUUUCCUUUUUUUUUUUUUAGUAAAUUUUGUUCGUAUUUUAUUUCUACUACGUACACACCUUUGUUUUUUUUUUUAAUACAAGUAUUAUUCUUUCAUGUUUUAUUUAUUUAUUUAUUCAUAAGUUCAAACUAGAAAUGAUUUGGGUAUUCAAAAGUAUAGUUUCCAUAUAUACCACUGCCUGUUAAUCCUAUCACAUAUGUAGUGUUCUUCCAUUCACUGAUUCUCCAGAGUCGAGAGUGUACUAGUUUACAAUCUAUCAGUAACUCACCCCCUCUCCCCCGACAGUACAUUUUAUUAUUCUAAGAUGGUUUUCUGGGAUAUUGUCCUAGAACUAUUGUCCACACGAUGACUGCCUAACAUUUACACUUAACGCGAUUUUCAUGACAGCUAUUUUUUUAAAAAGAUAUCUAGAUCUAUGUCUUGUUUUCAUCCUGUAUUUAUUUAAAACAACUUGAAGGAAUAAUUCAAGGCCGGAUUUAAGUAUUUAAGUGAGGGUAGGUGGGGGCUACAGCCCCAAGCACUCCACAUAAGAGAUACUAAUUUCGACAGGUCAGAAACGUUUUAGUUUUUUUUUUAAACAUAUUUUUUUUCGGAUUUUAACUGCAGGCAAAAAUGUCGUUAUUAAGAAGUGUACGCUUGUAGCAUGCUCGGAAUAAGUAAGUACAGUAAAUACAAGGGCCUUACUCUUUACAAACUCAAAAGUACACACUUUUUAAAACUAAGAUAUGCAUUUUAAUAUUUCUUUUAAAAGAAAGUGAGAUUAAAUUUACAAGAAUUUUUUUUUUCUUCUGUUGCAUGCUUUUAGAUCGAAGCAUUUUCCUUCAUAAGCGGAUCUCUAUUCAAGUUUUCAAAAAAUUGUAGGGGCCUCCACAAACUUAAAUCCGGCCCUGAAUGUAUUAAUAAUACCAUUAGAUAGAGAAUCGAUCUCUAUAUAUUACUUUGAGCGAAGUAACAUUAUUUAAGACAAAAUAUUUAUUUAUUUACUUAAUCGUACAUAUUGAGCGUUCCUUGCUCUUUGUUACAUAUUAUGAAAUAUAAUAAUGUAAACUUUAUUUUAUACUAUCUACACUAAUCUACUACUCCAUUUUUGUUUAUAUAACUUGCAACAAAAGCUGAAGUUAUCUUGUCGUGUUUGUCCCUUCCUUUUCCAUAGUCACAAAAUGCAUCUACCGUACUGUUGAAACUCCACAUAAUAACUAAAAAAAAAAUGAAUUGAGAGUAACCAUAGUUUAGUUAAUAUUCUUGGGCUGUGAAGUGCUCAGUAUGAGCAGGAAUCGACUUGUCCACACCCGAUUCAUUAUUUCAACAAUAAUAGUUUCAAAGUCUCAUUGAUGUAUCGAUCUAAAAUGUAUCGAUCGAUCUAAAAUGUAUCGAUCUAUAAUGUGCAUUUAUUUGUACAAUUGAAACAUUUCUUAAUACAAACCUUUGCCAUUGAAGUUGACGUCAUCAUCUAAUGACCUAAUGUUUGAACCAAGAGUUGUUGGAACUUCUCAACUCCACGACUGUUAAUGUAUUAAUAGAAAACUUGGGGUUAUUGAAACGAACACAUGUGCUCUAAACCACACAAUUUUUUGUUGAAUAGACAUCUAGCCACUUGUUUUCUUUUACUCCGGACUGUUUAAGUUUAAUUUUUUUUUUUUUAACCAUGACUCUCACCCAGUUUCUUGGUUCUCCUGAUGUUUUGAUUUUUUUUUUUAAAUUUUAAUGUUCUAAAUAUUUUUUAUUAUUCCGCCUGUAAUUUUCUUUUGAACGAAGUGACUUUUAUAUACAAACUUUCUAUGAACUCCCUCCGUCUGUAGGUCUUGGAGGAGUCUUGUACACGUUAUUUCUCCCAUUUCCCAAUCUCGGAUCAAGUUAAAACUAUUAUUUUAUAAUCGAUGACAUGAAUCAAUAAAAAAAUUUAAUUAUUGGUCAUUAAUUAAUCUAGUUUUAAAUAGAGAAAUAAGAUAAAUUUUGAAGUAUUGAGAUAUAUGACAAUAUUGUUUCCCUUAUUUAAGCUUUGUUUUCAUUAAAAGGUUCUUUUUUUUAAAUAAAUAAUUUGCUUGUUUAGUUUAUCAAUAUUUACACAUUAAAAUAGUUCGGCAUUGUUUAUUGACACAUACAUAUGUGUAUUGACACAUACAGAUGUUUAUUGAGAUAUACAGAUGUUUAUUGAGAUAUACAGAUGUUUAUUGACACAUACAAAUGUUUAUUGACACAUACAGAUGUUUAUUGACACAUACAAAUGUUUAUUGACACAUACAAAUGUUUAUUGACACAUACAGAUGUUUAUUGAGAUAUACAUAUGUUUAUUGACACAUACAGAUGUUUAUUGACACAUACAAAUGUUUAUUGACACAUACAGAUGUUUAUUGAGAUAUACAUAUGUUUAUUGACACAUACAAAUGUUUAUUGACACAUACAGAUGUUUAUUGAGAUAUACAUAUGUUUAUUGACACAUACAAAUGUUUAUUGACACAUACAGAUGUUUAUUGAGAUAUACAUAUGUUUAUUGACACAUACAGAUGUUUAUUGACACAUACAGAUGUUUUUCCUCGCUGUUAUUUUUAAACCACGUUCACUAGCCGCUGAUCUUGUGCACUGUGUGAGUAGUCAAGUCAUUGUAAGCAAGUCAAAAUAGAAAGAAAAGAAGAUGAGGAAAAGAACAAACAAUUUGUAAAAAAUUAAAAAUUAAAAAAAAAGAUUCAAAUGUAAUUCUUGCUUCGACACAUUUUUUUUGUAAUUUCAGGCCCGCGAACACAUACACACAUACAUACACACACUUACGCGGAUACUAAAAGGAGUUCCACUCUAAAUAUAAACAUAUUGCCGUGUUGGGCUGAAAGAGAAUGUUCCAGAGUAGAAGAUAACAUUCGAAGACUUCCAUGUUUCUUUUAUUCCCCUCUGUUUCCUCAAUAACAACCUCUAUAGUUAGGGCUCAUUUGGUCUCGACAGACAAUAGGUGCUCCAAGAUGUCAUCAAUAUCCUCGUAUUCUUCAUAGUAUUGCAUUAGUGUUGUGGCAUUUGUUUGUUAUUCCGAAAGAUUUUGUUUUCAAAAGAACAACAAUUUAGAUUUAAUUAACAUAUAUUUUUAAUUCUCAGUAAACAAAAUAAAACAAAAAUUAUUUUUUUUUAAUUUGGCAUUUAAAAGAUAUUUGUACACUGCAUUGUUUUUUUUUUUUUGUGAUUUAUUCUAUAAAAGAUGUGAUAGACAACUGCCCAGAUCUACUUAAAAAAUGAGAUUUGUAAAAUAUUCAAUGAGUUUUUAAAAAUGACAAUUUUAUGUAGAUAUACGCAUUUUAUUUGAACUGUAAACAGUUUUGUUUAUAUUAAAACAUUUUCAUGUAUUCGAUAAAUAAAUUAUUACUAGAUUGUUUAACA